AUGGCAGCCAAUAACAACAUUGGCCUUAAUAACAACCAACCAGCACCUGCUGCAGCUGAUGCACAACCACGGGUUGUUCGUGAUUAUUGCUUACCAGUGGUGAAUGAAAAUCUGACUUGUAUUGCUAAUCAGUCAUUGCUGCUAUUUGGUGGGUUGGCUACUGAAGAUCCCAAUAUCCAUCUAGCCAUAUUUAUGGAGGUAUGUGCUAUUGUGAAGAUGAAUGGUGUUACUGAUGACGCCAUAAGACUACGACUCUUUCCUUCCUCCUUAAGGGAUAGAGUAAGAAAGUGGUUACAAUCUCUGCAGCCAUGUUCCAUAACUACAUGGGAUGAAAUGGCUAGAAAGUUCAUGGUGAAAUGUUUUCCUCCAUCAAAGUCUGCACAGUUGAGAAGUGAGAUUGGGCAAUUUAGACAGCUUGAGUCAGAGCAUUUUUAUGAAGCAUGGGAGCGAUCCAAAGACUUAUUACGUCACUAUCCACAACAUGGCUAUGAGAGCUGGAUGCAAGUCUCAAUUUUCUACAACGGGUUGAAUGGACCAACUAGGACUAUUAUUGAUGUUGUUGUUGGAGGAGCAUUAUUAUCUAAACAUAUAACUGAAGCCAUUAAUUUAUUGGAGGAGAUGGCCACCAAUAGCUAUAAUUGGCCUAAUGAAAGAAAUACUCACAAAAAGUUGGCUGGGUUACAUGAAGUAGAUCCUAUGACAAACAUAGCAGCUCAAAUUUCUGCUUUAUCUAAUCAAGAGGCAGCCUUAGUUAAUCAUAAGAAUACAUCAACUGUAGAAAAUGUUGUUGCUGCAUCUACAUCACAAGGGCCUGAGAUGAGUAUAGAACAAGCACAAUAUAUGGCCUAUAAAACUUACAAUAACAACUACCGGGGAAAUCCAAUGCCUAACUACUACCAUCCGGGGUUGAGAAACCAUGAGAAUCUUUCUUAUGGUAACACUAAAAAUGUCUUGCAACUACCUUCUGGGUUUAAUACACAACAACAAGAAGAGAAGAAGUAUUUAGAAGACAUUCUGGGCACUUUUAUGAUAGAAUCCAAAAAGAGGUUUAACAAGAAUGAAACAAAGUUAGACAACAUAGAAACUCAUAUUUCUAACAUGGAUUCUUCCAUGAAGAACAUAGAGGUGCAAGUGAGAAAAUUGGCCAAUGUUGUGAGUGCUUUACAGAAAAAUAGUAGUUUUCCUAGUGAUACAGUUGUUAAUCAGAAACAACAAUGUAAUGCCAUCUCACUGAGGAGUGGUAAAGUACUAGAUGGGGGUGUAGAAGACAAGUCAACUAGUUCUGAGGUUGAAGACACAGUAGAAGCCAAAGAAGAGACUUCUUAA